GCUGCUUUAUUAGCUACAUACCUCGCUUACUCCGGUUUAAAAAAGAGAUCUUUAUCUCUCUCCGGUGCAAUUACUGCUUUCAUAGUUGGAUACGCCGGUUUAUCAAGCACUAUAUGCUCAUUUGGUGCUAUGCUGAUAGUCUUUUAUCUCGCCGGCUCAAAAGCUACAAAGGUAAAACACUACAUCAAAUAUCAACUUGAAGACGGACACGAUAGUGAGAAACCCGGUGGCGUCAGAAAUGCUGGGCAAGUGUUAGCUAAUUCAUACACUGGCGUUGUUUGCGCUAUAGUUUUUAGAGUCCAACAUAUUAUCACCACACCAAGCAGUAUUACAAAUACCCCUCAAUGUAUACUAAAUGGGUCAUAUUAUAUUUCUUCCCAAACUCUAUUGCUCUUCACGAUCGGUCAUUUCGCAUGUUGUUGUGCUGAUACGUUAGCAUCAGAGCUUGGAAUCUUAUCUGGUACUUACCCUCGAUUGGUUACUAAUCCAUGGAAGAUUGUGCCUCCUGGUACCAAUGGAGGUGUUAGUGCAUACGGCACAGUCGUUUCAGCAUUUGGUGGCUUUUUAAUAGGUUUAACAGCAGUAAUCUCACUAGCAAUCGAAGACUCAUCUUGCUUUGGUCUGAACUUUUCCUUUGGACAAGCGCUCCUCUCGAGUAAAUCAUUCAAGUUGAUCAUUUUAUCAAUUUUAUCUGGACUCUUUGGUAGUUUACUUGAUUCACUGAUGGGUGCAACUCUUCAACGCACCUUGUUGCAUAAAGAGAGAGGUAAAAUCUUAACAGAUGGAUCAGAUCCAAACUUUGAAAGAAUGUAUAAUGAAGCUCAAAAAAGUAAAUCAAAAGAAACACCUGAAGUAAAGCUAGUCUCUGGCUACAAUAUCCUUACCAAUACCCAAGUUAACUUC